AUGUUGUGGAAAUUUCUUUGCAUGAGUUUCCUAUUCCUGGGAAGUGAAAGUGCCAAUGAGAUCCAAAGAUGGGGCUCGCAGUUUGGACAGGCUCCGCUCUUGGAGAGAUUUUUUUGGAAAACCUUAGAUUUCGCUUAUCCGGACGAUGCGAGCAGAAACUUCGCGAUGAUGAAGGGGGAAUAUAUACCGGAGAAUGCACUGCCUGUUGGUAUCGAGGUCUGGAGGAACAAGCUGUUUGUCACCGUACCAAGAUGGCGUAAUGGAAUACCAGCAACGUUGAAUUACAUAUCUCUCGAUACGAAUCGAGGUGGUUCCCCGAAACUCACUCCUUACCCAAAUUGGGUACAGAACAAAGCUGGAGCUUGCGGCAGCGCGAUUACUACUGCUUACAGAAUUCACGCAGACGUUUGCGACAGGCUCUGGGUGUUAGACACGGGCACGAUAGGCAUUGGAAACACAACGAUACAAGCAUGUCCUUAUACUUUGAACGUUUUCGAUUUAACGACAGAUAAAAUUUUGAGACAGUACAGACUCAAGGCGGAAGAUAUCAAUAUGAACACAUUUAUCGCCAACAUUGCCGUCGAUUUGGGAAAAGGCGGUUGCGAGGACGCUUACGCUUACAUGUCCGACGAGCUUGGAUACGGUCUGAUCGUCUAUUCCUGGGAACAGAACAAAUCCUGGCGUGUUACGCACAGUUAUUUAAUGCCGGAUCCUCUCGCCGGCGAUUACAAUAUCGGCGGUUUGAAUUUCCAAUGGGGCGAAGAGGGGGUUUUCGGUAUGAGUUUAUCUCCGAUCGCCGCGGAUGGAUUCAGAACGCUAUUCUUUCAUCCUCUGAGCAGCAGACGAGAAUUCUCCGUUUCCACGAAAAUUCUCAGGGACGAACAAUUGUCUCAGGAUAGCUAUCACGAGUUUCAGGUUCUUCCUGAGAGAGGACCACUCGGUCACUGCACUUCCUCCGUUAUGGACGAGAACGGACUUCAGUUCUUCAAUUUGAUUGAUCAGAACGCGGUAGGUUGCUGGAACUCGAUGAUGCCGUACGAGGCUGAAAAUCAGGCUGUUGUUGCUAGACACGAUACCGCUAUGAUAUUCCCAGCUGAUGUUAAGGUGAAUCGUGGUUUACUAUGGAUCAUAUCAGACAAAAUGCCAGUAUUUUUACUAUCCACGUUGAACUACACCGAUGUAAACUUCAGAAUACUGACGAUGCCAGUUAAAGAGGCGGUCGCAGGUACGGUUUGCGAAAAUUCACCCUGGGGUUACAUUAGCAAUUCCCUCUGGUGGUAA